GCAACAUUUCUAACAUGGCCGCAUGUUGAACGAAACGAUUUUCUUUACUGUUUGCCAAAUAAAAUAAUAUCGGCUUUUUGAGGGCGGAUUUAUGUUUUACGUAUAGCCGGAAAGACUGAAAUUGUUUUUAGCCAAACAACGAUUGAUUCGCGAUGAUGCAUCACCCGAACAUGCAUCAUCAGCCGAUGUCGGGCCACCCACCACAGCACCUUGCGGGUCAUCAAGCGAUGCCCGCGCAUCAUCAAAUGCCGCCCCAUCAAAUGCACAGGGAGAACAGGCACGUAACUUUAACUAGGAUGGCGAUGGGUCCGACGGGUGCGCACGGGCAGUCGUUGGGCGGGAUGGGCGCGCUAGGUGUGCACCACGCGCCGCCUCGCGCGCAGCACGCUCAGCACGCGCAACACACCAUCCGUGCCAUGACCCACCAUCCACCAGCACAACACCACCCCAUACAGCCGAUGAAGCAAAUGCGGCGGCCGUACGCUGUGAGUAGCGGCAGCGCGCACCAGUACGGGCCGAGCGGCGUGCUGCCGCAGUUCGCAGGCCUGCAACCGCACCAGCAGUCUCCCGCACAGCCCGCACACACCCCGCACACCGGUCUGUGCCGACCUUCCUCACCUCUGAUGGGUCAGUCUAAACUAAGUAAUUUUGGCCAGUAUGAUUCAAAUACCAUAAAAGUGGCGUCGGCGAGCAAAAACCCGGCAGCACACGUCGGUAGCACAGGCCGGGAAGGAGAGGAAGGCACGGCCAAGGCGCCGGAGGCGGAGCCGGGUGACGUCCCCGCCCCUGCCCCCGCCCCGCUCGCACCCGCCUCUGCCUCUGCGGGGCCUGCCCCCGCAACAGUCGCCGGCCCCGCCCCCGCCUCCGCCAACGCCGCCGCGUCCGCCGCGCCGCCCGCCGCACAGGCCAACAGUAAAGAGAAGACACCAAUGUGCCUGGUCAAUGAAUUGGCCAGGUACAAUAAGAUUAAGCAUCAAUACCGCCUCACAUCGGAGACGGGGCCCGCUCACAAGAAAGUAUUCACAGUAACACUCCGCCUGGGUGAGACUGAAGAAUACACAGCUGAGGGGUCAUCGAUAAAGCGCGCGCAGCACGCGGCGGCGAGCGCGGCGCUGGCCGGCACCACGUUCCCACCCCCACCACCGCGCAUCCCCCCACCACACGCACCCCACACCGCGCUCCACAGACAUGCUGGUGCGGUGAUGCCGACAGUGGAGCUGAAUGCACUGGCGAUGAAGCUGUGUCAGCCGGCAGUGUAUACGACGCUGCAGCCGCUGGCAGGGGCGCCGCGCGCGCGGGUCCGCCCGCCACCCUACCGGCUGCCGCAUGCACCACUGCCGCCCCACCCCUCACUGGUGCCCCCCGUGCCACCCGCCUACCCCCGCCUGCUCGGACCAGGACUUAUAUACAGAGUGCGAGUGUGUGUGGGGGGUCGGGCGUGGCUGGGCGAGGGUGCGACCCCGCAGGCGGCGCGGCACGACGCGGCGGCGCGCGCGCUGCACGACCUGCGUCCACAUCCCCCACCAGAUCCGGACGCAGACAACGGUGACUCGGGCUCGGACAUCCUGAACUCGGAGGUGAAGUCGCCGGUGUCGCUGGUGCACGAGCUGGCGCUCAAGAGGAAUCUCUCUGUGCAGUUCUCCGUCAAGUCGGAGCACGGCCCGCCGCAUAUGCGGGUGUUUGUGACUGUGUGCACUGUGGGCGAUAUGGAGACGGAGGGUGAGGGCAAUGGUAAGAAGGUGUCGAAGCGUCGUGCUGCGGAGCUCAUGUUAGAAGAGAUGCGGCGCCGCUGGCCGCCCGCCGCUCUGCGCGCACGACCCGCACAGGACCGACGACGUCCCCAACCCGCAAAGAAACGCCCGCGAAACCUCAUCAAGGAGAAUAGAUUCGGUUGUCCGAAUGGUAACGGCGUGGGCGUCGGUAAUGGCGCUAGUGGUAGUGCGGGUGCUGCUGCCGCCGACAACCCCAUAUCUAGACUGGCGUUAGCGCGUCAUGCGGCGAGAGCUCGCUCUCCGCAGUACCGUGUGGUGGAGGAGCGCGGUGCGGCGCGGCGCAGGGAGUUCCUUGUGCAGUGUGAUGCACCUCCACAUCGCGCCACCGGGCUCGGACCCAACAAGAAGACCGCCAAACGACGUGCUGCACAGAAUGUGUUGUUGGCAAUGGAGAUGACCAAUGGCGGUGAGACAGUGGCGCCCGCCGGUGACAAUGUUAAAGCGAAUAGCGCCGUCGACACCAAGCCCAAUAUCGAUAUCAAACGAAAGGAAAAUGAGUCUGUGGCUAGCAGUGUGGGCAGUGUAGGGGGUGAGGUGCGACAGCCGGUGCCUGGUGUGCUCAUGAUGGACUACCACCAGCGCUCGGCACAGCCACACCACAAGGCCAAUGGCAUGAGCGAGCCAAGCGGUACGGGUACGGGUACGGGUGCGAGUGGUGCGGGGGGCGCCAUGGACCAGCUGAUGUACCUCUCACAACUGCUCGGCUUCACCGUAGAGUUUUCUGACUUCCCCAAGCGUAACCACGGUGAGUACCUGUCGCUGGUGUCGCUGUCGACGGAGCCGCCGGUGAUGUGUCAUGGCGGCGGCGCCAGCACGGCCGCGUCACACGAGCAGUGCGCCCGCGCCGCACUACGCUCCCUGCGCCUUCUCGGCCUCGAGCCUGCCGCGCCCACAGCCACCACUGCGCCCACGUCACACCACCAGACUAAUGACACCAGCAGAAUGCAGAGUAUGGCGGCUGCGGGGCCCAAGGCUGGUGUCAUCAAUGGCCUCGCUGAAUGAGCGCGCCGUCCCGCGCCCACACAUCACAUUUUCUCAUAUUUAUCUCGCAAUACUACAACAUUAUGUGAAUAUAUCACAGCGUGGAAUUAUAGUUCGGGACAACAUUAUGUAAAUCUAAGAUGUAUUGUAAUGUUUCCAGCUCUGAAAUAUUCACUAUCAUUAUCAUAUCUCGAUUCGUAUAUUUAUUUCAUUAUGAAGGUUAUUUUGGUUGAUAAAUAUUUUUAUCGCGUAUGCAUGAAUUUAUGUUACUCGAAACGGCAGAUGUUGCAAUUUUUUUCUUACUCUUCAAACAUUUAUCAUUAUCAUUAAAGCUAGCUGUACUACCCUACUAGAAGUAAUGUAUUUAUAUUUGUACGAGAAAAAUAAUUAGGUUUAGUAAUUAAGAAGUCAGCCAUUUUGUGCUGAAUAACGAAACUACGAAUGAAACGGUGGAAAAUAGGCUGUGAAGCCAAGCCAAAUAAGGUUUGUCCGAGACGCGGCAGAGAUUCCUGUCUACGUACUCUAUGGUAUGAGUCAUAAAUACGCACCUCUACCUUUGGGAGAGAGAUAAUUUGUAACGGAUUUAUAGAGCGUUGUCUAUGUCCACUUGACCACAAAGUAGGAAUGAGCCGUUGACGGUUUUGCAGUCAAUAAUACAUUAAUUUGCUUUUUUUUCAACUAGUUGAUUAAAUUUUGACUGCUAUCUAAGCUUAUGUUGAAUUCAACUAUGAUUAAAAAACGGUUAACGGUUGAAACGUUGAAGGGGGAUCAACGGUUGAAUCUACGGCCAUUUCUACGUAAGAGACGUAGACGGGUGUAUGCCGCGGCGAGGACGCGUUGCAUCAUGCGGCCAUGGUGGAACUGUAGGUUAGUGUAAGGUAGACGCCGACGUCCUCGUCUCCGCAGCGUGCGGCCGCGGUGAUGAGGACAAGUGGCCUCGAUUUCUAACACCGCUUUAUUAGAAGCUUCCCACUUCCCGACCCUGAUCUAUGAAAUGUGUGAUUUUAAUAUAAGUGUAAGAUAUCUGAUAAAUUUUGAACGACGAUACAUUUCGACUAAUUUACGUUGAUAAGAAAAUAUCAAACGUACCUAU